GCACGUCUGCCAGCACACAAGUAUCAACACCUCACCCACAGCAGUGUGCCAAGCAUGCCACGUGUCACCCCUGGAAUGCCAAUGCAGCACAUGUGCCACGUCAGCAUCAAGAGCCAGCUCGACUUUCUGGAGGGAUGCCACGUUAGCAAUGCUUGGACUGCCAACUCAUCUAACACUGGUACACCACGUCAGAUCGAAGGAACACUGCUGGAGCGUGGAGCGCCACAUCAGCAGGCAAGUUGCAACACAGUGCAACGGUUUGAUCCCGUUUACCAAGCAACAAAGUUGCAUUUUGAAGAUCUGGAAAGGCGCUAUGGCAACCCCAUCAUUAUCCUGAACCUGAUCAAGACGUUUGAAAAGCGACCAAGGGAAAUGAUCCUUCGUAGGGAGUAUUGUAAUGCAGUGGGUUAUCUCAAUCAGAACUUGCCAGCGGAACGGCAUUUGACGUACAUCCACUGGGAUUUCCAUAAAUACACCAAGAGUAAAUCACAAAAUGUUUUGGAGGGACUGGGCGCACUGGCACAUCAAGCCUUGGAAGCAACAGGGUUUUUCUACAGUGGACGACCUCCAAAUAGAAAGCAGGAGAUGAGGCGGGCACCCAACUCCAAUGACAGCCUUGGAGGGCUUUCUCCUGUGCGUGACUUCGGGAAGGGGUUGUCCCCUGUACGGGACUUUGGGAAAGGACUGUCACCGGUACGAGACUUUGGAAGAGGACCGUCGCCAGCACGAGACUUUGGGAAGUUGUUCUCUCCAGCACGGGACUUUGGGAAGGGUUUCUCUCCAGCACAUGACUUUGGGAAAGGGCAGAUUCCUCCAAGAGAGUUCUCAAGGAGUCCUAUCCUGUCAAGAGAGAGAGAAAAUGGUGGAUGGGAGAGUAAUGGGAGAGUGCACAUUCGGGAGCAGCAGCCCGUCAGUCAGCCAAAAAGCCAGCCGACAACGCAACCUAAGAGCCAGCCUGGAGCACAGCCAAAGAGCCAGCCCGGUGAUCAUGAGAGGCCUGUUGAACUGACGUUGCAAAGUGGUGUUCUCAGGACCAACUGCAUUGACUGUCUUGAUCGGACAAACGUUGCCCAGUAUGCAUUUGGGCUUUGUGCUCUUGGCCGGCAACUUCAUGCACUGGGUCUGACUGAUGUUCCGAAGCUGGACCCGGAUGGUGGUGUAGCAACCACGCUUAUGGAUAUGUAUCAGAACAUGGGAGAUGCCCUUGCUCUGCAGUAUGGAGGCUCAGCUGCACAUAACACGGUGUUCCCCGAGAGGCAGGGAAAGUGGAAAGCGGCGACACAAUCAAAGGAGCUAUUGAAGUCGAUACGACGAUAUUAUAGCAAUACGUACACAGAUGCAGAGAAACAAGAUGCAAUAAACCUGUUCCUUGGCCACUUUAGGCCACAGAAGGGCAGAGCAGCGUUGUGGGAGCUUGACAAUGACUACUAUUUGCAUGUUGGAACAGGCGAUAGUUCUGAGGAAUCACCAAGUGAUGAGCUCAGGGCAAUACAUAACGAUGGCUUCAGCUCAGCAGUGCUUGUCCGCAAUCCUGCAUCUGUGACGGGGGUUGAAGAUCGUCAGCGGUUAAAGCUCACAUCUUUUGAAAAGCUCACAGCAACCUCGUGUGGAGCCAUCAAGAGUGUGCGAAUGUAUGGAGAUACAGAGGGGCACAUGGUCAGAGAAGGUGGAAGUGUUGCUUAUUCCAGUGGACCUGAAGUUGCCAACCUUAUGCUCUACUGGGACGAAGCACAGUUCAUCGAUGACCUUCGCCAGUGAGAUCUGCAAUCUGCGCAAGCAUAUGCAUUCACAUAUUGAUUCAUUGAUGGCAUGCUAUCAUGGAAGACAUCCUCGUCGCCACAUUGCUUGGUAUGGUCUUGAGUGGAAAGGCACUACUGAGCAAGAUGGGUCAUGUCUUUUCCUUGGAACUAGACUCCUGGUUCAGCCAGACAAUGCACUUCGCAUUGGUGUGUUUGAUAAAGCUCAUCAGCCCGC